AUGCCCCUCCUGUCGCUCUCUUCGUUCGUGCUGGCCGCGUCCCUCAGCAUCAUCACCUACCUCUCCUUCCUCCACCGCUGUCUCAAGAACCGCAUCAACCAUGAGAAACACCACGGAGCCCUCCCUGGCCCCGAUUCAACCACCAUAGCCACCAUCCCCUCCGAUGUCUACAGCUCCAAGUACUAUGUCCUGCACGACAGGGCCAGCCAACGCGUUCCACGGCAACUCCUCCCUCCCCACCACAAAGACCGAGACAUGUUGACCCUGUUACUCCGUCGCAAUAUGGCCGCCUUCGCACACUUCCCCCAAGCCUACAUGCUCUGGGCGACAACCCCCGCCGUGACUCGCGAGACUUUCCAGGCCUCGCACAUCCGCUCCUUGGACUACAAUAAAGGUGACCUUGUCUGCGGAAUCUACCGUGUCUUGGAACGCAGCGCAAGCAAAGUCGAGUUCGGAAUAGCCCACAAAGGGAUUGAAGGGCGGAUGUCGAUUGGGUUUUGGGACGAGGACAAGGAUGUGGUCUUUGCCAGUGAAACGGCCAUGUGGACAAAGACCAUGAAUGAAGACGCUGAGGAACAACGGAGUACAUUGCCUUUGGAGAACCCCGUUCGUUGUUUCUUUCAUGAACUUGCUGCCUGGUGGUUGUUGGACUCCGGGGUCAAGUAUCUCGUUGAUUUGGAGGGGGAGUUAGACGACGAUUGAUGCUUUUCAGAGUCAGGGAAAAACCCCUGGUGGAAAUGGUCGUCCGUUUGUUAUGGACAAAGACAAGAGAUGAAUGCCGAUGUUUCAGAUCUUAUUGUGUUUGAAGAAAG